AUGGCCUCACAAGCACCCCCAGAGCUACCAGCUCCAUUGUCCGGGCUAGUGAAAUACAUCCACGAGCAUCCUGAGCUCCCUGUUUCCCAGAUUCUUGGCCCAUACCAUAAAUAUGAAGCCUACUUUCGGGCCCUUUUCGCCCAAGAUGGCCAGAAUCCGAUCCUGGACAACCCAUACAUUAACAUCCUGCUACUCUUCACGGAAGUCACCGGACUCGUCACUACACGGGCAAGGAACCUGGCUUUAGAGACAGCAGAGGAAAGGUCUCGAUACAUCAUGCCAUUGCCCGAUGAAAAGCGCCGCAAAGAUGGUUCGCCAGCCAUCGUUGCCAGUCUCGCCGAGUUUCAGAGGAAUUUCAGUAUUUUCUCCGAGGCAUCAUUGGCCGAAAUGGACUGGAGCAACGUGGUUGCGGCAGGCUCAUCCGUUUUCCACGAGGUAUUCUGCCCAGCUUCCGAUGUAGAUCUCUUUUUGUAUGGCUUAACGGAGGAGGAGGCUAUUGAAAAAAUCAAAGCCAUUGAAGAAGCUGUCCGUGAUACCCUACUCAAAGACGUAACUGUCGUGCGAACCAAAUACGCCAUCACGAUUGCGAGUCAUUAUCCAACUCGCCAUAUUCAGAUCGUGUUAAGAGUAUACAAAUCCAUCAGUGAGAUUUUGACCGGCUUUGAUAUUGACGCUGCCGGAGGCGCUUAUGAUGGCAAGCAGGUCUACGUGACCCCACGUGCCCUCGCAAGCUUUAUUACUCAAGUAAACCAUAUCGAUCUCACGCGCCGGAGUCCUUCAUAUGAGACACGCUUGGCCAAGUACUCGAAUCGAAGCUUUGAGGUCUACUGGUCUGACCUGGAUCGCUCGCGUAUCGACCCUACCAUCUAUGAGAGGAGCUUCAAGCGCACAGUCGGUCUCGCACGUCUCCUUGUGCUGGAAAGCCUUCCGACGGAAUCUGCUAGGCAUACAUAUAAAAAUGAAAGAAGACGAGAACGCGGCAGACCUGAAUUGAGUUAUCCCCAUUUGAAUUGGAGGGAUAGGGGCAAUAUGAAGCAAGAUCAUGAGAACGAGGUGGCUGACUGGUUUCCGUCGGAAGAAGUGAGCAACUAUCACACGUUUAGCAUUCCGUACGGCCGCCGUUUCACUGCCAAGGCUAUCGAAAGGCUCUUCUAUUCACAUGAUAUGCUGCUCAAUGCAGAAUGGAAUCAAAAGUCAGAGGAACGGAAGGUGUACCUUCAUCGGCAUCCUGUAUUUUUCGGUCGUGUCGAGGAUGUCAUUCAAGACUGCUGCGGUUGCUGCCCCGUACCAAACACGGUAGAAGAACAAGAGAUGGCAGAAAAUGAAGCAAAGAUGUAUAUUUCAGGGAAAGUAUCAUUCCUUACUGACGACCCAGGUCGGCAGGCAAUUGGCUCGUUCAAUCCGUUGACCGAACAAGAUUGGACUGAGAUGGCGUAUAUCGGCAACACAGCUAGACUUUUCCAGUCAAUCAUUGACGGGGAUAUACAGAGCAUCCAUAUUUGGCUUGGCCAAGACGGUUUCGAUGUCAACAGGAGAGACCACACCGGACGGGCUCCUCUGCAUUUCGCCGUCAACGUAUCUACGGCAGAGAUUGUGCAAUGCCUUGUAGAUCACGGAGCCCGCUUGACAGCUCGAUUGGCUGACGGAAGAACUGCUUUACAUCUUGCAGCUGCUCGCGGUAGAGUGGACAUGAUAAAAGUUCUCAUGGAAAAGAGCCUCGAGAAUGAAGAAAUCGGCCAAGAUCGCAAAAAGUUCAAACGGCGGAAGAUAGAGAUAGCUGAUCAAGAGGUGCGUGAGGACACUUCUGAAGGUGAAAUGCAUAACACCAGAGGUGACCUUGAUAUGGAGCAAGACGAAGAUGGUUCAGAUGCUGUGGUAGUGGGUGAAGGAGAGAAUGAAACCGAAAUGAAAGAAGCCUCCGAAACGGGACCGGACUUUUACGACAUCGAUAUACCUGCUUGGGAUAUCCCCUGUUCUCCGCUUCAUCUUGCUGUGUCUGGUGGCCAUGAAGAUGCAGUUAGGACGCUGUGCGAUUAUGGAGCCGACCCUCUUCUUCUAGUUCAGUUCCGGCUAAAUAGACUGAACAGAGAUGUUAUCUUGACCCUAGCUUUGGCCUUGAAGCUUCCUAUUGAGAAGGCAAAGUCAAUGAUAAGAUUGCUCAUUGAACUUGGCGCUCUCUCUUCCCAGACCGACACUGAUGGUAUCACGGCCUUCCAUCAUUUCGUUGCUAGCAACUCGGGAGAUCUUCUCGAUGUCUUGGUAGCAUGUGAUCGGCCAAAUGUCACUAGAGCCCUAAAACAUAUUUAUAUUCCUGAUAGACGAGCUAUUUCAGUUCUUCACACGGCUAUCGAUCAUGAUGAUCCAAAUCUUCUCCUAACGCUUCUGAACAUAGGGGUUAAGCCGGAUAUAAGCUUCGACAUGUGGCUUCGAGCUGUCAAACUCUCUCCCAUGAAACAAGACUUGGGAACUAUGCGGGAAAAUAAGCGACUCUACAGAACUACCAUACAGCCUCUCCUUUACGCUGUUCAGGUGAAGAACUACCAGGCCGCUACUCAACUCCUUGAAUUCGGUGCAGAUCCCAACUCUAUGACCCCUGAUUCGUAUAGUCUUCUACAAGGAGAUGCGGUCUAUGAUUUAGAGACCGGAUCUACUGUACUUGACGUCCUGGAUGCAAAACUCCUCAAGAUAGAGGGCAGUUUAGACAGUUUUAAGCGGAAUCAGGGAAGCCUCGCGUCCCCCAAUCCGCCUCGUACGGACGAAUUCCUCGAGCAGUUUCCGUCAGGUUCCUAUCAGCACUUCUAUCAGAGACAGGUGCUUGAAAGACAAAAAUGGCGGUUUGAGAGUGACUUAGGAGAUCAAAGGGACAAGCAAGAAAUGGCAGUGGAUCAGGUUCCUCCUAAUCCAGAAAUCCAGCGCCUUGAGAAACUAGCCUCAGGGCUCAAUUAUCUGAAAGAAAAACUUGUGUCUCGGGGCGGACAGACCUUCAAAGAUCUCCACACCGAUUUCAAGGAAUACCGCACGGGAAGAAGAGGUUUUCGGCUAAACAGCCCUUCACCCUCGGGUAGACCUUCCUCUGUUGAGAGCGGGAAGAUAUGCUUCCGUGGGGAUAAGAACUUUUCUUCUUCUCAAGAGGACGAAUACAUUGAGCUGAUGGAGGCUGCUUGGGAUGGAGAUCUGGAUAAGAUCAAAUCACUGACCCUUCGAACUGACCCUGACGAUGAUCGGCCCCGGCUGCUCAUCAGUAUUGAAGAUGACGAACACAAUUGUCCCUUCUCUUUGGCUUUCUUCCGCGGCCAUCAUGAAGUUGCCGCCGCUAUCUUGGAUAUUGUAAGAAGUCAGUGGGCGCCUAAAGAAGAUUCAAACCAAAUAUCCCGAAGACCUCAACUUCGUCGGAGAACAAGAAGUCCAAGCUGCAGGGGAAGUAGUUCCCCUGGUCGCAGCGAGAUGGAGCUAGACUCAGGAGAUGAUGUAUCUCAACUAGGGCCUAUUAUAUUGAGCGAAGAUGAAGACAAUGUGUCUGUUAAUGAAGAUCUGGACCGGGAACCAGAGCUAAGCACGUCAGACAAGACGCCUAUGCGCAUUCUUCGACAAGAAUGGCAAACGCUACACAUACUGGAUACAAAAUGGGAACCUGGGGCUCGACGGACGUUGUUCGAAUCCUCCGUCUGGCGAGACGAUGUGGCCGGGCUUGAAUUUCUGAUUAAACUUGCCCGGUAUUGGACAAGUCAAAAGUUGCCAGACGAUCCUGUCGAAGAACUGGUUCUUUAUCGUGAUGAUACAGAUAAGAAGGAGCAGGAUGGAAUAUUCACGCUCUCCGAGGCCGAGUUUCAAACAGUCCUGAAUCAAGGAAACCCCGAGAUUGUGCAUCUUGUUAUGAGAGAGAUAGGGGCCGGCCUUACUGUAGAGGACUGGGCCAAUAUUGUAGCACCAGGAGAUCGACGGAGACCAAGAGGCCGACGUCUCGACCAUUCCAAGAAGGAUCCUCAUACGAACGAUGUAGGGGUUGCCCCAGUCAUUUAUGCUGUGCGGUCUGGGCAGGUUGAAAUCGUGAAGCUUUUCCUCAGCGAGACUCCUCUGCAAUUGUAUGCCGAGUUUGCCCGAUCCGAUGCUGCAAGCGAUAAUCCCAAAAUCUUGCACCUUCUUCAAAGUAAAGCAGGAUUUGAUUUGACCGCCUCAGAAUGGCUUGGAGCGAGCAAUCAUCUUCUUCUUCAUCAUGCCUUGUUAACUCCGACCCUCCAACAGGCAGAAGAGGUCUUGAAAUAUCUGAUCCAACGGUUCCCAGAUGCAGUGGAAAGUCGAGAUUCCACAGGACAUACGCCCUUGUUGAUUGCUGCACGGAUCGGUCGGAUUUCGCUAGUUGAGAUCUUAAUCCGGGAUGGCCAUGCCGACCAAACAGUUUGCAAUUCUAAAGGAGAAAACAUUCUGCAUCUAGCACUUGAGGGACCUGUCGAGUCACGUCGAUUCUGCGAGUUGACGAAGAUCAUUGAUGCUGGGCUACUCGGCGAUCUCUUUCGUCAGCGAAAAAAGCUGUGGGCAAACGGCACCGUUCCUCUACACUCCUGGAUUGCUCAUAUUUGCGGAUAUCCUAGUCGGGAUGACGAUACUGAUAUCUUCUCCGUGUACGGCACCUACACCCCUUUGAGGGACAGGCCAGCAGAUUUGGUAUCACUCCUGCAAACCCUGCUCGAGUUCUCUAAUGAUAAAGCUCUUGAGUCUUUCAAUGAUGUCGGUGAUACCUGUCUCCAUACUGCCAUCAAAUCUCGUCAAUUGGCUAUUGUUAGGGGUCUCAUCCAGUACAACCCAGGUCUGGUUUGUCGCGAAAAUGCCAUGGGACAAACACCUCUGGAGCUCGCGAAUGAGCUGGUAAUUAGAGCCACCAUUAAGCCUCCCAAGCCCUUGAUGCUCAAGGCAGAUUAUGAUUAUGAGGAUAGAUACAUAAUAGGCAGGACCUGGUGGACUGACCCUGUUCCCGGAACAAAAGUCAAGCCUCCCCCAGCUCAGCAUAUGCCUAACACCUCCAUAGAGGAAAGGCUAGCAAAACUUGGGCUUUCGGAUGAUUAUAGCGAGUCUGUGGUGUCAGAAACGUUUUAUCGCGCGGGUCUUUGCGGUAACGAAAGGAUGGAAACCUCAUCCGAUAUGAAUGCAAUACUCGCAAAGAAGAUUACUCUGGACUUUUGCAAGACCUCUGUCCAAAAGAAUCCGGGGUUAUCGCGUGUCCUGGCAUCCGUAGUCGCGGCUAAUGAUGUUGCACGCAGAGUAGCCGAGUUGAAUUCCUCAUCAAGGGACACGGAUGAGGAGCAUACCAGCAUGGCUGAUGCGAAAUUGCAUCGAGAUAUUGAUUUAUGGGACGAUCCCGACGGUGAAGACGAAUAUGACGAGGAUUGCAUAGUAGUUCCCCAUUUGCGAGAGAGAUUGCGUUCCAGAGGGCGGAUGGCAUCAAGCCAAUCUGACUCUCAACUAUGUAACGUUCCUGGUAUUGGCCAUUGGUCCUUGUCAAGCGUAUCGGAAGAUUUGUAUAACAUGGGAAAGCUUGAGGAUAUGGAGAUAGACGAGGAGGACAAUCUUCACAUUGGUUAUGAGGAUGGUCUUCGUUUCGAUCUUCCCCCGUUUCUCCAGCCUUUUCCAGCAAACAUAAGUGCGGGAGAUUUCCAAUAUCUUCAAUUGAAGGGGGUGUUAGCCUUGCCGCCACUCACAGUGCAAGAUGCCUUUAUCGACGCAUACAUAAAGCAUGUCCAGCCUCGGUUUCAUCUGAUCAGUAUCACUGAUUUGUACCGAAUGGUAAAUCAUCGCAACGAGACAGGCCCAGCGCUCAGCCUGCUCCUAUAUCAUGCCGUAUUAUAUGCUGCUGCUGCAUUUGUUGACUUGCAUUUCAUUCAAAAUGCGGGAUACGCAUCGCGUCGAGUGGCGAGAAAACAUCUAUAUGAUAAGACUCGAUUGCUGUAUAAUUUUGGCUAUGAGAAGGACCAUCUAGUCGUGGUACAGUCCUUAUUACUACUGGCUGGCUGGUAUCAGACGCCGAGUGAGCAUAAGGACAGCUGGCAUUGGGUCGGUCUGGCUAUAAGCACAGCACAGAGCAUUGGAUUGGAUAAAAAUCAAACCGAGCAAAUGGAGACAUCUAUCGCUCGAACAAACUUGGGGAGGCGAGUCUGGUGGUCAUGCUUGAUGCAUGGUCGCCUCAUUGCACUCGGUCUUCGUUACCCUUCAAGGUUAAAAGAAGAGGAUUACAACGUCGAUAUGCUCCAUGAGACUGAUUUUGACAUCGAUGGUUUGGUCGAGCACGGCACCGCUCGCAGUAGCUUCCUUGCUCAAUAUAUUAAGCAACUUCCCCAGUUGGCUUCUAUAUGUAUAGCGAGGGCUAAAUUGUGCGUGCUCAUCGGGGAAGUUCUCUAUGAGCAAUAUUUUAUUCUUCCUUGCCAUGACCGUGCCCCCGACACCACAAAACGGUCUAUACUCUUAUCACCGAGAAAGAAAUUCGAUAAUUUCGACUCCGCAGGUCUGAUUUAUUUGGACUUAUGCAACUGGAAGAGAGAACUACCUUACAGUUGCUACUCGAAUGGGCAGCUUAAACCGGCCGCUGGCGCUGAAAAGACUCCGGCUUCGUUGCAGGGAAUCCUGCUCCAAAUGGAGUUUUACACUGCAGUAUCCGCUCUCUUCCGACCUUACAUUACUCAAACUUUUGACAACAACACCAACCUGUCAAUGCAGGAUCAGAAAUCAUGUGGCAACCGCGUGCGGGAUGCGGCCACGGAGGUCACCAAAUUGUUGACCGAUUUAGAACGAUCGGACUUAUACAGGUACAUGCCCAGCACCGGGGUCUCUAUUACCUUUUCAGCAGCCGUUGUUCACCUUGCAGAUGUGGUAGGACCCCCUUCAUUCAACCAUGGAAAAGCGCUGGCCUGCUUCCAGCUUUGCAUGGCCGUCCUCGAUCACCUUCGGGAAAUCUACGCGGAGGCUGAUUACGCCAGCAACUACCUCAGCAACAUGUCGAAAAGUGCUACGCGAAGCGCAUACAUUGCAUAG